UUGCUUGAAAGUGUCCCUUAAUAUUUUUGUUGACGGUUGAUUGUGGUUAGGUUCAUUGUUUUUCAUUUAUGAUGUUGAUUAACUUCUGGAUUGAACAAUAAGCCUUGCGCUCUUUGUGUUGAUAAAAAAUUUAAAAAAACAACAUGACGUCGAGUUAUUACUUUGCCAUUGUCGGCCACGCGGAUAAUCCAUUGUUUGAGAUUGAAUUCAAUAAUUCUAGCAAAGAUACCAAGAAAGAAGAUCACUCGCAUUUGAGUCAAUUCAUAGCACACGCAGCGCUUGAUUUGGUGGAUGAGCACGUAUGGAAGACUACAAACAUGCAUCUGAAGGUUGUUGACAAAUUCAAUCAGUGGUUUGUCAGUGCUUUUGUAACAGCCACUCACAUACGCUUUAUCAUGGUUCACGAUGUCAAAAAUGACGAUGGCAUUAAAAAUUUUUUCAACGAAAUGUAUGAAACGUACAUUAAGUAUUCGAUGAAUCCAUUUUACAAACCAAACACUCCCAUUAAGUCUGUUGGUUUUGAGAAAAAAGCCCAAUUUUACGGAAGGAAAUAUUUAACUUCGUAAUUAUCAAGUCUGAAAGCCAUGAAUUAUGAAUUUUAUGU